AUGUUGGUUAAUAGGGUGACGAAAGCUGCUAGCGGCGCUCGGGUAACUCCAGUGCGUUUUAUUGGUACAACAGCUAGACUUUAUAAUAAAUCGCUACCAUCUACACCAGAGAUGAAGAGCAAUGAAUCAUGGGCGGGAAACGAGUCGUCCAACAACAACUCAGUGAUCAGUAGGGUCGUUGGUAUGGCUAGAUCAUUACAAGAGAAUACGCAACCACCAAUCAACAUUGCAAAGCCAUUCACCAAAAAAUUCAAUCUGAGUGAAACAUAUGACCCAUUUGAUUUCUCAAACGACAAAAUGGACAUCGAAAAGAGAGAAAGAAGACAGACUAUUCCAUACGAAAAAAUGAUGGACCCGUUCGAAAAAGCCGGCAUCGACCCAUUAGACAUAUAUACCAUGCCAGAGAUUUUGUCGAGGUUCUUGAGCUCAACUGGCCAGAUUUUGCCGAGAGAAAUAACCGGUUGUAACGCCAAAAAUCAAAAGAAGUUAUCGAACGCUAUCAAAAGAGCAAGAACUUGCGGCUUGUUGUCCACAGUCCACAAGCACUCCAGAUACCUUCCUACCAGAAACAUGUAA